AUGUAUGAAACGACCGAAAGGCAAAAAGGAAAAAGGACUACCGUUGAUUCGCUCUAUAUAUACUGCAAGUAUCCGAGGGUAUGCCCAGUGCACGAUACGCGUUUCAUCCGUCAGCUUCAAGGUCCUUCGUCUUCAAGGAUAUCGUCGCGCUGCUGGCGAUCCGUAGACCUAGGACGGAAAAAAAUUCUGCACAAAUUUUUCUUACUUCAAUCAAGUUCAAGAAACAACCAAAAAUUCGCGAUGAAAGGAAUUACGCAGGAAUUGUCGCGUUGUCAUCUCCUUCUUCUGGUACUUGUUCUUUCGGGAUGCGUCAGUGCAGAGAUCGAGAGACGCACCUCGAGACAAUUGAUAGAAGAAGCGCCGGAAAAUCUGGCGUCCAAUUUAAACAAAGAUUGCGGAAAGUCAUACAGUGCCACAUGCCUCAAGCUGGACGUGGUGUCUUUCCUGGAUAAAUUGUCGGAGCAAGAGAACAUCGGUAUCUUGCCGGGUGUAUCUGUGAUCAAGGAGAACAGUUCUGCCAAUGUUCCGGCAUCGGAAGUAGUCGCCAAUUUGGCGAGGGAUUUCCCGAACGACGUUGAGAAGAGAUUGGAUGCUUAUUUGGUUCACAAGGUCGGCAGUUACAUUAACAGUCACUCAAUCUCUAUCAAGCUUUUCGAUCCAAAAACCUUUGAAGCUGCCAGGAGCUUUAACGAAGAUGCGCUCGCGCAACUUGGUUUCGGUGGCAAAGAAAAUGUUGAAACAGGACGUAAAAAGGACAAGAAUCACGGCGGUCUGUUAGCCGGUCUGAUGAUGAUGAAGGCAACUCUCGGCGCGAUGGGAUUCGGCGCGUUGGCACUCCUCGCCGGAAAAGCCCUGAUGACCGGUUUGAUGGCACUCAUGUUAUCAGCCAUCAUCGGGCUCAAGUCCCUGACUAGCGGUCACGACAAGAAGACGACGUACGAAAUCGUUAGCAAGCCGGUGUACAGCAGCUCGCAUACGCAUAGCUCGGAGGAGCAUCACGGACACGGAUUCGGACAUUCUGGAUAUGGAAGAUCCCUCGAUACCGUUCACGAUACGGUUCAACAGGCCGUGCUGAAAUACGGCAACGCGCGCGAUCGCAGAUCAAUCUUGCAGAACUAA